AUGUUAUCAUCGUGUGAUUGUGCUACAGCUGCAAAUUCGGUUUUAUUCCUUCGCCGUAUCGGUACGGUGGCCCUAUUAUUCAUUCUCGCUUCACUCUCUUGGUUUGUCCUUUAUAAAGCUGGUGAAACUAUUGGAUUCAAGAUCCCGGACUCUCUCACCUCCCAUGCACCUCGUGUUUUCUUCUUCAUCCCUCCCACAGCUCCCUUUCCCCCUCCCUCGGAUACUCAGGAGAAUAAGUUUGAAAAGGUUUUGAAAGAUGCUGCUAUGGAGGAUAAAACCGUUAUUUUAACAACCUUAAAUGAAGCAUGGGCUGCCCCUUCUUCUGUUAUUGAUCUCUUUCUUGAAAGCUUUAGAAUUGGCAAUCACACCCGUGAGCUUUUGAAUCAUUUAGUAAUUAUUGCUCUAGAUGAGAAGGCAUUCUCCCGGUGCUUGGUUGUACAUACUCAUUGCUAUGCACUAGUAAGUGAAGGGGUUGAUUUUUCAAAGGAAGCUUAUUUCAUGACUCAUGACUACCUAAAGAUGAUGUGGACAAGGAUCAACUUCUUAAAGGGUGUUCUUGAAAUGGGAUACAACUUUGUCUUCACGGAUGCUGAUGUCAUGUGGUUCAGAGAUCCAUUUCCUCACUUUUACAAGGAUGCAGACUUUCAGAUAGCAUGUGAUCAUUUCUUAGGAAACCCUGAAGACGUAGAGAAUAGACCUAAUGGUGGUUUCUUGUUUGUGAGGUCAAAUAACAGAUCUAUUGAGUUCUACAAGUUUUGGUACACCUCACGGGAAACAUAUCCGAAUUUGCAUGAUCAAGAUGUUCUUAACAAUAUAAAGUAUGAUUCAUUCAUUAUUGAUAUUGAUCUCAAAAUGAGAUUCUUGGAUACAACAUAUUUUGGUGGAUUUUGUGAACCGAGCAAAGAUUUGAACGUAGUAUGUACAAUGCAUGCUAAUUGUUGUUUUGGGCUAGAAAGUAAACUUCAUGAUCUUAGAGUCGUGCUUCAAGAUUGGAAAAACUUCUUGUCUUUGCCACCAAUGUUGAAGAGAUCAUUACCACCAUCAUGGCGAGUUCCUCAAAACUGCAGUCUUGAUUCUCUUCACUUGUAUGCCCCACCACUGGAGAAUGUAAUACAGGAGAAUGUAGAACAAUAGAAUAAGAGUAGAUGACUGACUCACUAUAAAAUUGUAAUUGUUUUAGAAAUAUUGAAGCUACUUGCUGUGCCAGGUAAGUGGUAACCACAAAGCCAACAAUUAAUAUAGGUUAGUUUGAAACCUGACUUGUUCUCAGUCUUGUUUUCACAUACUUUUGUAAAUACUAAUCAAAGAAUAUUAACAAAUUUCCUCUUGUUA